CGGAUGGUGUUUCGCUCGCUGCUGCACAUAAAUAAAGCAGACCUACCGGAGUGCUCGAGAUUCGGUUCGCUACUCUCGCUGCUGGCGAAAGAACAACAAACGGCAGCCUCUCGGGACGUUCUAGGCAAUUAGUAGUUUGGGGACGUGUUCUGGUGUCACGCGCAGAUCGCGCACUGGCGUGUCGAUCGUGAUAAGCCCCUUAGACAACAGAUUGUAGUUUUCCAUUGUUCCGAUAGCAGUUUGUGUGCGAACUUCCGUAGUCCAGAGGCUAGCGUGCAGAAAAUGGGCGCCUACAGUGGAAACCGUCCGAUGAAUGAUUUACGAUUCAUUGUGCUGUUGGCCCUCACCGGCGUGCUGGGGGUCGCAUUCGCUUGUAACGGUGGGUACAAGGUGCGGAUUAAGAAAAUCGAAAACUGUGCUGGCCCGGAUGCGGUCAUAACGGCAGACGACAACUUCACCGUCGUUCUGACGAAGGACUGUGACGUCAAGUCGCGGGGAUGUGUGCGCUUCAAGGAUUUCCAGACGGCUAACGCCAAGUACACGCUCACCAAGGACGGCGUGCAGAUGAUGCAGGGCUCGAUCGAUCUGUGCAAUCAAGCUUCCCGCCGAAAGCGCACCGAAAGCAUCGCCGAAGUCCUCCGAACGCUCGGCGUGCCGGAACAGUGUCCCGUCGAAGCGGGACAAAUAUGCAUCGAGCCCACCCAGGCCGUGAACAUUAAGCGCUUCCAGCAGUACCUUCCGCUGGCCCGAGGAUCCAUCGCGGUGGAUGUUGCCGUGCAACACGAUUCGGGAAAGAGUUGCUUCAAGAUUCGUUUCGAUAUUACAAAGUGAUCCUACAAAGUCAUGCGCUCCAUCCGUUGUGCCAGUUACCGGUUGUGAAAGGAUAGGAAUAACAUUAAGUUGAGCGCUGCGCGGUUCGGAAUCCUAUUCGCCAUCAACACAUUCUAAUCCGUCGAGACUACUGAACCAGCAAAUAGUUGAAAAAAUUUCAAUAAAUACCAUGUUACUGCA